AUGUCUUCUUUAAUGGUAUUCUAUGUCUCUAUAUCUUUUGCAGGUGUAGUGUGGUCGUCUCGUGAUGAAACUCGCCUGGUGAAGAAUUUAUUCACUGGGUACAACAAGGUUGUGCGUCCAGUGGCUCACUUCACAGACCCUGUGGUAGUGACCGUGGGGCUACAGCUCAUCCAGCUCAUCAGUGUGGACGAGGUCAACCAGAUAGUCAGCAGCAAUGUGCGCCUCAAACAGCAAUGGAAAGAUGUGAACCUGAAGUGGAACCCGGAGGAUUAUGGGGGAAUCAAAAAGAUCAGAGUUCCCUCCACUGACAUUUGGAGGCCAGACUUGGUUCUCUACAACAACGCGGACGGAGACUUUGCCAUAGUCCACGAGACCAAAGUGCUGCUGGAGCAUACAGGGAUGAUCACGUGGAACCCUCCCGCCAUCUUUAAGAGCUACUGUGAGAUCAUCGUCCUUCACUUCCCCUUCGACCUGCAGAACUGCAGCAUGAAGCUGGGUACCUGGACCUAUGACGGCAAGCUGGUCGUCAUAAACCCUGACAGUGACCGGCCGGACCUGAGCCACUUCAUGGAGAGUGGGGAGUGGGUGAUGAAGGACUUCCGCAGUUGGAAGCACCAGGUGUUCUACUCGUGCUGCCCGGACACUCCUUACCUGGACAUCACGUACCACUUCCUGAUGCUGCGUCUGCCUCUCUACUUCAUCGUCAACGUCAUCAUCCCCUGUAUGCUCUUCUCCUUCCUCACGGGCCUGGUCUUCUACCUGCCCACUGACUCAGGUGAGAAGAUGACCCUGUCCAUCUCUGUGCUCCUGUCCCUCACCGUUUUCCUUCUGGUCAUCGUGGAGCUCAUCCCCUCUACUUCCAGCGCGGUGCCCCUCAUCGGAAAAUACAUGCUUUUCACCAUGGUUUUCGUCAUCGCUUCUAUCAUUAUCACCGUCAUUGUGAUCAACACUCACCACCGCUCCCCCAGUACACACACCAUGCCUGAGUGGGUCCGCAAGGUUUUUAUUGAGACUAUCCCCAACAUUAUGUUCUUCUCCACAAUGAAGCGUCCAGGAAAGGAGAAGCAGAUUAGAAACAUCUAUGGAGCGGACUUUGACAUCUCAGACAUCUCAGGUAACCAGGCGACCUCAGUGCCCUACCAGUCCCCCAUCACCAAGAACCCAGAUGUGCGCAGCGCCAUAGAGGGAGUCAAAUACAUCGCAGAGACCAUGAAAUCGGAUGAGGAGUCUAACAAUGCAGCGGAGGAGUGGAAGUUUGUUGCCAUGGUGCUGGACCACAUUCUGCUUUGUGUCUUCAUGGCCGUGUGUCUCAUUGGGACUUUGGGCGUGUUCGCAGGUCGUCUCAUAGAGCUAAGCCUGCUCUGA